AUGAAGGUUGUUAAGGAAUUUAGUGUCUGUGGUGGCAGAUUGAUCAAGUUGUCACAUAACUCGAACUCUACCAAGACCAGCAUGAACGUCAAUAUCUAUUUGCCUAAGCACUAUUACGCCCAAGAUUUUCCAAGAAAUAAGCGUAUCCCAACUGUGUUUUACCUUUCUGGCUUGACGUGCACGCCAGACAACGCCUCUGAGAAGGCUUUUUGGCAGUUUCAAGCUGACAAGUACGGAUUUGCAAUAGUCUUUCCGGAUACGUCCCCACGUGGUGACGAAGUAGCCAAUGAUCCUGAGGGCUCCUGGGAUUUUGGACAGGGCGCCGGAUUCUAUCUAAAUGCCACCCAAGAACCAUACGCCCAACAUUACCAGAUGUACGACUACAUUCACAAAGAACUCCCACAAACAUUAGAUUCUCAUUUUAACAAGAACGGUGACGUAAAGCUGGACUUCUUGGACAAUGUUGCCAUCACAGGCCAUUCGAUGGGGGGAUAUGGUGCAAUUUGUGGGUAUUUGAAGGGCUAUUCCGGAAAGAGAUACAAAUCUUGUUCUGCCUUCGCCCCUAUCGUGAACCCUUCCAACGUUCCCUGGGGUCAAAAAGCGUUUAAAGGUUAUCUGGGCGAAGAAAAAGCCCAGUGGGAAGCGUACGACCCAUGUUUAUUAAUCAAGAAUAUUAGACAUGUGGGCGACGACAGAAUUUUGAUCCAUGUAGGAGACUCCGAUCCCUUUUUGGAAGAACACUUGAAACCGGAAUUACUACUUGAGGCGGUGAAAGCCACUUCAUGGCAGGACUACGUGGAAAUAAAAAAAGUUCACGGCUUUGAUCACUCCUAUUACUUUGUCAGCACUUUCGUUCCAGAACAUGCUGAAUUUCAUGCGCGAAACUUGGGUUUGAUUUGA